UACAAAUGCUGUACCAGUCGUUUUUUGAGCGCUCUAAUCCAAACAAAACCACUUUUCAUUUAAUUCUUUUUUAAUUAAUAGAAACAAAUCUCUCUCUUCUUCUCUCUCUCUCUUAUUGGAGAUACUGCUUCUCUUUUUUUUGUUUUCUCCUUUUAGAGCGUAUUGUUUUAGGCUCUUCUUCGUUGCAGGAAUCGAGCUUUUUGAGCCCUGAAUUAGAGAAACCUACUGAGGCUUGCUGAAGAAGACUUGUCAGUGGAAAGUGAACAAAAAAGGAGAAAUUUCCUGAUUUGAAGCAUUUGGUGCAAGCUUAAUGUUCUUGUCAAGGAAAGUUGACUGAAAAUUUGAAGAGAAGAUGACCAGGCGGCGUUUUAGAGACUCUGUAAAAUCCUUCUUUGGGAGUCACAUUGACCCAGAGAAAGAUGAACAGCUAAAAGGAACUAGAACAGAGGUUGAAGACAAAGUAGAAAAGAUCUUGAAGCUUCUUAAAGAGGAAGAUGACGAAGAAAAGGAUGGGAUCUCUGCACAAAACUUCAAAAAAGAGCCUGUGGCUGAGCUGAUUGAGGAUUUUCACAGACAUUACCAAUUGCUCUAUCAACAAUACGAUCAUCUGACAGGAGAGCUAAGAAAGAAAUUUCAUGGCAAACGAGGAACAGACACAUCUUCUUCAUCAAGUUCAGACUCAGAAUCUGAUUAUUCUUCCAAGGGAAAAAGCAGUAAAAAUGGAAAAUUAGAAAGUGAGUAUCAGAAAAUAACAGAGGUUGGGAAACAAGAACUUGAAUCAGCAAAUCUAGAAAUUGCAGACCUGAAGAACAAGUUGACAUUCACCACUGAAGAAAAGGAAGCUUUGAAUUUGGAAUAUCAGGCAGCUCUAAACAAGGUACAAGCAGCAGAAGAGAUCAUCUCAAAUUUGAAGUUUGAAGUUGAAAGAUUAAAUUCAGAGAAAGCUAAACUUUCAGUUGAGAAUGAUGAAUUGAAGCAAAACCUAGAGGCCUCUGGCAAUACAGAAGCAGAAUUGAAUGAGAGGUUGAAGGAGAUUAGCAAAGAGAAGGACAACUUGAUUUUGGAUAAAGAGACUGCCAUUAGAAGAAUUGAAGAAGGAGAUAAACUAAUUGAAGACUUAAAACUUGUUGCUAAUCAGCUGCAAGAAGAAAAGGCUGUUCUUGGAAAAGAACUAGAAAGUGCUAGAGCAGAAGUUGCCAUUACGAAGCAGCAACUAGAAUCUGCAGAGCUGCUAGUCUCAGAUUUAAGCCAAAAAUUGACAGAUUCUGAGGCAGCACAUAAUUCGUUGACCUCGGAAAUUUCGGUACAGAAUAUAAAAAUGGAAGAUAUGGAAAGUGAGAGAGAUGAUCUACUCAUGGAGAAAAAGACUGCUGUGAGAAGAAUUGAAGAGUUAGAGAAGACUAUUGAAGACUUAAGAAACUUGGUUGAUGGGUUGCAGGAUGAAAAAGCAACAUUGAGGCAAGAAGUAGAAACUCUGAGGGAGGAACUUUCCAGCACAAAGCAACAACUGGAAUCUGCAGAACAGAAUGUAUCAGAUCUUACCCACAAUUUGAAAGUUGCUGACGAAGAGAAUGCUUCUCUAACCUCAAAGAUUUCAGAAAUUUCAAAUGAGAUUCACGAGGCACAGAAAUCAGUGCAGGAACUUGUGGCUGAAUCAGGUCAAUUAAGGGAGAAAUUAAGUGAGAGGGAACGGGAGUUUUCAUCUCUUGCAGAGAGGCAUGAGGCACAUGGGAAUGAAUCAUCAGCUCACAUAAAAAAAUUAGAGGCGCAGUUGACUGACCUGGAGCUGGAGCUUGAAUCAUUGCAAGCAAAAAAUAGAGAUAUGGAGCUGCAAACUGAGAGCAAUGUGUCUGAAGCAUUACGACUGGGAGAAGAAAAUUUGCGCCUAGAAGCUCAAAUUUCUGAACUAAAAGUGAUUUUAAAAGAGAGAGAAGAAGAACUUUCUGCUUUUGCAAAGAAACUUGAGGAUAAUGAGAAAGAAGCAUUAUCUAGAGUGGAAAGUCUGACAGCACAAAUCAACUCCCUGACAGCAGACUUGGAAUCUCUACGUGUCCAGAAAGCAGAGUUGGAAGAACAGAUAGUUAUUAAAGGUGAUGAAGCAUCAAUUCAGGUCAAGGGUCUCAUUGAUCAGGUUAAUGGUUUACAACAACAGUUGGAGUCCUUUCACAAUGAGAAAGCUGAAUUAGAAGUGCAACUGCAGAGGAGGAGUCAGGAAACUUCAGAAUACCUGAUUCAGAUAGAAAAUCUGAGAGGGGAAAUGGCAAGCAAGACUGAAGAUUAUCAGCAAAUUGUCACCGAUAGAGACAGUUUGACAGCACAGAUCAACACUCUUACAGUAGACUUGAAAUCUUUAGGUGCCCAGAAAGCAGAGUUGGAAGAACAGAUUGUUGUUAAAACUGAUGAAGCAUCAAUUCAGGUCAAGGGUCUCAUUGAUCAGGUUAAUGGGUUACAGCAACAAUUGGAGUCCUUUCACAAUGAGAAAGCUGAAUUGGAAGUGCAAUUGCAUAAAAGGAUUCAGGAAAUUUCAGAACACCUGAUUCAGAUCGAAAAUCUGGAGAAGGAAAUAGCAGACAAGACAGAAGAUUGUCAGCGAUCCCUUGAAGAGAGAGAAAGUUUGAGAGCACAGAUGAGCACUCUGACAGCCGACUUGAAAUCUUUAGGUGCCCAGAAAGCAGAGUUGGAAGAACGGAUGGUUAUUAAAGGUGAUGAAGCAUCAAUUCAGGUCAAGGGUCUCAUUGAUCAGGUUAAUGGGUUACAACAACAAUUGGACUCCUUACAGAACGAGAAAGCUGAAUUGGAAGUGCAACUGCAGAAAAGGACCCGGGAAAUUUCAGAAUACCUGAUUGAGAUAGAAAAUCUGAAAGAGGACAUAUCAGGCAAGACCAAAGACCAUCAGCAAACGCUUGCAGAGAAAGAAAGUUUGACAGCACAAAUAAAAGACGUGGAAUUGGAGGUGGAGACUCUACGCAACCAGACUCCUCAGCUUGAAGAACAAAUAAGAACUGAAAUUGAAGAAGGAAGACGAUUACGAGAGGAAAUCAUGGGAUUACAUAAUAAAAUUUCUGAAAUGGAAAAUGCAUCAACAGAGCGAGGCCUUGAGCUCUCUGACCUCCAUGAGAGACAUGAAAAAGGAGAAAAUGAAGCUACUGCUCAGAUAAUGGCCCUAACUACACAGGCUAACAGUCUGCAACUAGAAUUAGAUUCAUUGCAAGCUGAGAAAACCCAAUUGCAGUUAGAGCUUGAGAAAAAGAAACUAGAAUUUGCAGAAAGCCUUACACAAAUGGAAAAUGAAAAGACUGAGUUCCUGAGCCAAAUCGCAGAUCAGCAGAAACUGCUGGCAGAGCAGGAGGCAGCAUAUAGGAAGCUAAGUGAGGAGCAUAAGCAAGUGGAAGAUUGGUUCGAGGAGUGCAAGGAAAAACUCCAAGCAGCUGAAAGGAAAGUGGAAGAAAUGACAGAAGAGUUCCGUGAGAAAGCUGGUUCCAAAGAUGAGAAGGUAGCAGAACUGGAAGAAACAGUUGAGGACCUGAAAAGAGAUCUUGAAGUAAAAGGAGAUGAGCUCAAUACUUUGGUUGAUUAUGUUCGCACGAUUGAAGUUAAGCUCCGAUUGUCAAACCAAAAGCUUCGGGUCACAGAACAAUUACUAUCUGAGAAGGAAGAGAGUUUUAGAAAAGCAGAAGAAAAAUACCAGCAAGAGCAGAAAAUUCUGGAGGAAAGAGUUGCUAAACUGUCCAGAAUACUAGCUGCUACUAAUGAAGCUUGUCAGAGGAUGGUCACAGAUACCUCAGAGAAAGUAAACAAUACUUUGACAGGAGCAGAAGCUUUGACACUAAAAUUUGAAGAAGAUUGCAACAGAUAUACACAAUGUAUUGUGGAAAUGUCAAGUGAGAUUCAAGUUGCAAAAAAUUGGGUAAUUGAGUUGAAGAAUGAGAAGCAGCGACUAGGAGAAGAACUAGAUGAGCUAGUUGUGCAACUGCAAGGCACAAAAGAACGUGAAUCAGCAUUGAAAGGAAAGGUUGAACAAUUGGAGAUUAAGGUGAGCAAGGAAGAAGGAGAGAGAGCAAAUUUAACCAAAGCUAUGAACCAAAUGGAGAAAAAAGUGGCUGCAUUGGAGACGACAAUGAAAGCUAAGGAUGAAGAUAUAUUAGACCUGGGGGAGGAGAAGAGGGAAGCAAUAAGGCAACUGUGUUUGUGGAUUGAUUAUCACCGCAGUCGCUGUGAUUAUCUCAGAGAAAUGCUCUCCAAGAUGCCUGCUGUGAGAGGCCAGAGGGCGGGUUAGAAGUUUAAUAUUUCUUUUCUUAUUCCGGUAUAUUCAUUUUGAUAUUUUUGUGGCAUAUAAUGUUUCAUUGCUUCAAUUUUUUAAAAAAGGGCAUUGUCAAUAUCAAAUUUCUUGGGUGAUGGUUGGAACAGUGUUUGCAUUUGAUUCGUCAACAUUAGUUUGUAUAGAAUUCAUUAUUAUGCUUUGGGAUUGCGCUUGAAAAAACGAUUUUGGUUUGCUUUACCAUUAAUACAAGGGACCCGCGAUUUAGGGUCAGAUUGUUUGGCACAAA